GGAUCCCUCUUCCCAGCUACGCCCUGAGCCUCCAACUACAAUCUUUCACGUAGAGACACCUCCUGAAUUUUCUCUCCCCACAGAAGAAGACGGAAGAGGAGAAAAAAACUUUCCUUCUCCCUACCAAAUCAUCCAUAAUGACAGAAGGACCUGCGAGUCCGCGCCAGGUUCGAAUCACAGUUAUCGCUGCGGAUGGGCUUUAUAAGAGAGAUGUCUUUAAGUUCCCGGACCCAUUUGCUGUCGUCACUGUUGAUGGAGAGCAGACUCAUACAACUUCGGUGAUACGCAAAACAUUAAAUCCCUAUUGGAACGAGUCGUUUGAUUUACAAGUCUCGGAAGCGUCCAUCGUAGCGGUGCAGAUAUUUGACCAGAAGAAGUUCAAGAAGAAAGAUCAGGGAUUCCUUGGUGUUAUCAAUCUUCGAGUGGGCGAUGUGCUUGACAUCUCUUCAGGCGGUGAUGAAAUGCUUACGAGAGAUUUGAAGAAAUCGAAUGAGAACGUGAUAGUUCAUGGUAAACUUAUCGUAAGCCUGACCACGAACAUCCAUACACCUAUUCGAACGCCUGGCCAAAUCCAAUCUCAUCGACCAACACUGCCUGUACCUACUGGGGGCAACGGAGGACAGGCGUCUCCUGCGGCGCCGCCGAACAAUCCACAUUCCUCAACGAACGGUACAGGGCGUCACGCACACAACAUGAGUUCAUUUGAGGAUAACCAAGGAAGGUUACCUGCUGGUUGGGAGAGACGUCAAGAUAAUCUGGGUAGGACAUAUUACGUGGACCACAACACCCGUACUACGACCUGGAACAGACCUUCAACUACUUAUAAUGAAAGCGACCAGCGGGUUGCUAUGCAGCAAAACACCGAGGCCGAGAGACAGAGGCAUCAAAACCCGGCAUCGAUGAUGGCAACGGGUGCUACAACGGCUGGAACUGGUGAACUUCCCCCCGGCUGGGAACAAAGGCAUACUCCGGAGGGCAGGCCGUACUAUGUGGAUCACAAUACUCGUGCAACAACGUGGGUAGACCCAAGGAGGCAACAAUACAUUCGCAUGUACGGAAGUAAUACAGGCACGCCAAGCAUUCAAAACCUUCCCGUUUCGCAGCUGGGCCCCCUACCCAGCGGAUGGGAAAUGAGAUUGACCAACACCGCGCGGGUGUAUUUCGUGGAUCACAAUACUAAAACGACAACUUGGGAUGACCCACGGCUUCCAUCGUCACUUGAUCAGAACGUUCCCCAGUACAAGCGCGAUUUUAGGAGAAAGCUUAUUUACUUCCGCUCACAGCCUGCGCUUCGUAUCCUCUCUGGCCAGUGUCAUGUUAAAGUUCGUAGGAACCACAUUUUCGAGGACUCAUAUGCGGAGAUCAUGCGACAGACGCCCAAUGACCUCAAGAAGCGGCUCAUGGUCAAGUUUGAUGGUGAAGAUGGUUUGGAUUAUGGCGGGUUAUCGAGAGAGUUCUUCUUCUUGCUCUCACACGAAAUGUUCAACCCUUUCUAUUGCCUGUUUGAGUAUUCUGCCCAUGACAAUUACACCCUCCAAAUAAACCCUCACUCCGGAAUCAACCCGGAACACCUUAACUACUUCAAGUUUAUUGGGCGAGUGGUUGGUUUGGCGAUUUUCCAUCGACGCUUCCUUGAUGCAUUCUUUAUCGGCGCAUUUUAUAAGAUGAUACUGAAAAAGAAGGUCGUCUUGGCCGAUAUGGAAGGUGUUGACGCCGAUUUCCACAGGAACUUGACCUGGAUGUUGGAGAACGACAUCACCGACAUCUUGGAUCUCACCUUCUCAACAGAAGAUAGCAGAUUUGGUGAGACCGUGACCAUCGACUUGAAGCCUAACGGCCAAAAUAUCGAAGUCACAAAUGAUAACAAGAGGGAAUAUGUUGACCUUGUCACCGGUUGGCGUAUUGAGAAGCGAGUGCAGGAGCAGUUCAAAGCCUUUGUCGACGGUUUCCACGACCUUAUACCAGCUGAUUUGAUAAACGUUUUCGAUGAGCGGGAGCUGGAGUUGUUGAUUGGAGGUAUUGCCGAUAUCGAUGUUGAAGACUGGAAGAAACACACGGACUACAGAGGAUACACAGAGAGCGAUGACUGUGUCCGGAGUUGGGAUGCUGAACAGAAAUCGAGAUUGCUCCAGUUCACCACUGGUACCUCACGUAUUCCAGUCAACGGUUUCAAGGAUUUGCAGGGUAGUGAUGGACCCCGUCGUUUUACGAUUGAGAAAGCGGGUGACAUUGGUCAGCUACCAAAAUCCCACACAUGUUUCAACCGAUUAGACCUCCCUCCGUAUAAGAGCUUUGAUGUUCUAAAUCAAAAGUUAUCGUUGGCGGUGGAAGAGACUAUGGGAUUUGGGCAAGAAUAGUCCACUCAUCCAUGCUUCCACCUUUUCGUUUUCUAACAUUUCAUUUUCUCAUGGUUCUCUCCUUGUUCUGACCUUUCCCCUGAACGGACUUCUCCUGCGGUAAUUAUUAAGUUGGUGGGUGGUACCGUGCGAAUACUGUAGCUCUGGACACUAGUAGCUUUCUCUUCUUGCUGUUGAUGGAAAAGGAGGGGAAUGAUAAAGUUUACAUUAUGUGAAGAAAUUUCUAGGCGCUUGUAGAGGAGAGCGAAGGGCUAACAAGACUUUCUGCAUUGAUGGAUUAAAGGGGAUAUUAUUAUGUAGUAGUAGCAGGCUCAAUUUGCAACUAAGGGAUGGAAGCUUGGAUCUUAUUUACACCAAGGCGUCGAUAUUUGGUAGGGAGGAUGGGGUUUUUUUUUUCUGCUCUUUGUUCUGCUUUCUUUUGUUGCUUGUUCUUUCGGAAUUUGUCAUUUAUUGUCGAUGUUUGACCAGGGCGAUUGGGCUUGCAAUUCCUGUCCAUAACAAUCUUACUCUGGAUAAAAUUGAA